GGAACUUUGAAAAUUACUGAAUGCUCACAGACUUUGACUACAUUCCGUUGUGUUAUGUUGGGUUCUGUAUAAUUUGUAUGAAACAAACCAGCUAACAAGCAUGGAAUUUACCAAUGAUGAAAAUUCAUCGUAUAUGGAAUAUAAUUAUGAAUUUGUAAAGAACCGAUGGAGGAGUCUUCGAUAUCGAUAUAUAAAGGAGAAAAAAAGUCUAUAACAAAAAGUGGACAAGCAGCUACUCAAUUUUCUCCAUGGUCACUUAUGGCAAGUUUAAGUUUUUUAUCAGAUGUGGUGGAACCUCGCAAAACUAUAACAAACUGUGAAAGUUUUAACAUUGAACGCCCCUCACUCAUCGAUACGUUGUCACCAGCAACAUCGGAGACAUUUGAAACAGAAGAUAAUGUGCAUAACAUACAAGAACAGUUUCAAGUGGACAAUACGUGGGAUACUAAUACCAGACAGCCAGAACAAACAGAAUUCUGUUCACCGCAUAAUUUCAGAUCACUGUCUCAUUCUAAUAGCGCCUUGUCUCGUCCAAACAGUGCCUUGUCUCGCCCUAACAGUGCCUCGCCUCGUUCUAAUUGUACCUUGCCUAGUCCUGUAAGAGCUCUAUCUCGUACUCCGAGCAUUUCACCUGGUCCCUCGAGUGCAUCAUAUCUUCGAGACAGUGCCACGCCUCCUCUGAGAGCUACAUCUCGUACAGUAGAUAACCAACCUCAACAAAAUCAGAUCCAACCUGCAAAACGAACAAAAAGACAAUUAUCUGAUACGCACAUAAAUGCGGUUGAUGAGGCAAUUUUAAACUUGGUACAAAAACGAAGUUCGAUUGACACUAUGAAUUCGGACGAUCUUUUCUAUUUGUCUAUAUCGCUGGAUUCACAGCAUCUAAAUGUAAAUGCGAAAUUACGUUUGAAAACACUUGUAUUACAAGCGCUUUCUCAAGUUGUAACAGAAGAACAAAAUAAAAUUUGA